AUGAGUGUCAAGUUCCUCCUUGUUGGGAUUUUUGUCCUCCUGGUCUUGUCGGCCGACGGUAGAGAUGCAUACAUUAUAUCCCACUCGAAAGCGAAAGCCGAUCAACCGCAGAAUGAUGACUUUGUUUUGAAGAAUGAAAAAGAAUAUGGUAAUUCAAAGGUUAACAACGUUGCCGAAGAAAAUAACGAAGGAGAAGGAGAAAUGUUGCAUGAUGUUGAUGAGACCGGGCAGGAAAAUGUUCAGUAUCAUGAUGCUGAAGACAGUUCCGACGAAGAGGACAGUGAUGAUGUUCAUCAUCACGGUGGACAUGAUCAAGAAGAUGAAGAAGAAGAGAUAGAUUUUGGUGACAAUAUGGACGAACAUCACUUUGCUAAUUCUGGUUUUGAGGUUAAUGUUGCAGUUCACGUCGGUGGUCACCACGGCGCCGACGAACAUUAUUUUGGUGAAUAUGAUGCCGAUAAGGAUAAUGAUGAUGAAGAUGAUAAUAAGGGGGAUCUUGACGUGAAAAGUGAUGAUGAUGAAGACCAGGACGAUCGAAUGUCGGAAGAAAAGAAGCAUAGAUUGGUUCUUACUGACGAGGAGGAUGAGGAUGAUUUAAAAUAG